UCACAACUCGUUACGCCAUUUUUGUUGGGGAGCAGUCGUGUUCAGAAAAGGAGGAUUAGAUUCAGCACAGGUACAUCAAACGGCACCUCGUAUAUUAAUCUCUUUGAGUUGUCCGGCAACCGGGACACUUGCUUGUCCAUCACACCCACACAAUGUCGUCAGAAAACCUGGACUCGGACACUCAGGUGGACUACGAGGACGAAAAACAGGACUCCCAGGAGAAGAAUGCAAACCCAGUGAAGGCAGAGGAGGCAAAGCUGAAAGCCAAGUACCCUGGCCUGGGCCAGAAGCCUGGCGGUUCAGACUUCCUCAUGAAGAGACUACAGAAAGGGCAAAAGUACUUCGACUCGGGCGACUACAACAUGGCCAAGGCCAAGAUGAAGAACAAGCAGCUUCCUGUGGCGGGACCCGACAAGAACCUGGUAACCGGCGACCACAUUCCCACGCCACAAGACCUGCCCCAGAGGAAGUCCUCCUUGGUGACCAGCAAGCUAGCCGGCUAGCCUUCAUCAUCCACGAUGCACCCUCACCCCUCCUGGGGCUCCCAGCAAAGGUCCCCCAUUCUCCUCACCCAUGUCCCCAAUAUGUCCACCCCCUCCCCUCCACUCUCUUCCCUUUUCAUCCCCAGGCACCACUGGCUUUAACAUAUCGGGCAGAGUUGUAUAAGUUAAAACUCCAUUUGCUUGUAUGUGGGUGGGGCGGGGUGGGAGGGAUGGAGGUUAAGGCAGCCCGCGAGGUUGCCGCCUUCUCUGCCUUCCCACCAUGCACAGCUCUGCCCCCUCUGCGCACUCUGCUCUGCCGCCUCCCUUAUGUCUUGGUUUUUGAUGUUCCAAGAUGCAUCACAGUAGGUGUGUGUCAUUGGGCAGGGGUUGGAUGGGGUGAGUUAAUGCACUUUGUAUUCUGUAUAGUAUGUUUUGUUCUUUUUUGCAUCCUGAAUGACACCAAAAUAAUGUGUGUAAGGGAGUUAGGAACCAUGAUCGCUGCGUGUUCUUUGAUCUUUAUGUUCCCUUUCUAAGACGGUGGCUGGCUUCGGUGGGAGGGGUUAGAAGAUGUAUGUGAAUAAUUGCUUGCAUACCAAAUCUGAGAGGGGCAGCUGCCUAGAUUAAGAGUUGUUAAGCAUUCACUGACGCCAUAUUGGGAAAUUGGGGAUGGGGGUGAAUGGAGGCUUCCUUUCAUCUCAUCCUUCAGUCACCUUUUGUCGAACAAAACCAGAGGUCAUCUGCUACAGCUCAGCCAAACAGGGAUUUGAAACGCCUCUUUUUCUCUCUGCUCAUGUUGCUUUAAUUCUUGACUCCCUUUGCUCCUGUUCUCUCUAAAUAUGCUGCAUGAUUGUAACAUGUAACAAAAAUGAAAUUUAACAAGUUUUUUUUAACGUGAGUGGGGCAUCAGCUUAAUGAUAGGAAGUAUCAACACAAAACCCUGAAGCCCUGAAAUGUCCACAGUCAUACUUCCUUCCUUCCUUCCUUUCCUUUCCUUUUUGCUGUCCUGACAAUCCAUGUACACACACUCUUGUUCGCGGCCUAGGGAAGACCCAGCUGAGUAUAUCCAUGUAUAAUUUUUAGAAGGCUGGGAACCCUGCCAAUCUCUGAGUUCAGUCUUAGUUUGGUUGCUGUUGAGUUCCAUCAAGACGUGUGUUUACUAUGAGCCUAAAAGAUUUGCAGGGGGAUUGAAGCACCCUGCAUAGAGUAUAUGCUUCUGUAAAUAAUACUCCAACAAGCACGUAAUUUGUGAUAAGCUCAGCUCUUUAAGGACCGGACCAGCUAGCAUGCCUGAGAGAAAUGGUAGUGCUAAAUCAACUCACUUGGGAUUACAACCUGGGAUUUCUGGCGUGGAAAUUCUAUGCUUUACCAACUGAGCCAAGUUUCACACCGCAGGUAUCCGGCUCAGAGAAUGUGGAUACACUUGUCUUUCUAAUGUGUCUGUUACGAUCUUAUCAUCUGGGUCACAUUGUGAUGUGAUGAGGCAGACCGCAGCCCAAAGUGGACUGCCUCACACUGUGUGUGUAUUUCAUGGAGAUAUGAGCAGUAAUGUGAUCACCAUCCAGACAUCUUUCCUGUCGUCUUUGAAACACAGAUCCCAAAAUUAAAGUUAGCAUUUCAGUGUCACAGUAUAUGACAGACUGCUAUAUCCCAUCACAAAAGUCACUUUAAAAAGACAAAAGUGACCACAGUCAUAGCUUUCAUAGUUGUGUCUCGCAAUGGCAGAUGUGCAGUAAAAAAAAGUUUUUAGACAUUUGGGACCGAUCAAAAGAAUGACUUCUUCUAAGCUGCUUGUUAUAGCUAAAGAUGGACGUUGAUUUCUCAUUCUCUGUGGGAGAUUUUUUCCUCCAUGUUUCAACACUUUCAGAAUAUAUAUCACAGUCAGACGUAGUGGUUCCCUUAACAUCUUUCACAUUGUGAAACACUAACUUAUAUAAAAGAUUACUACUACUUAGGUAAAACUUUAGCUGGGGUAUAGACCUACCUCUACUACCAGCACACCUUAGAACAAUGUUUCUUCUACCCAAACUGAAACACUACACAGACCGAUCUCUGUCAGAGGUGGUAAACAGCAGGCAACCUGAUAACCACAGGUGUCGGCCCGGCUCCCAACAUCGUCAUCACAGGCUUAAAGUGGGACACUGCGUGCCUGCAGGAUAUGCUCACUCUAACACUUGGCAAAGCGGAGAGAUUUUUUAACACAUGGUGAGGGGGCAAGAAGUGUGAGUGAGUGCUCAAGUCCCACCUGUUAAUGUGGUUCAACCUCUGAAACAGGUCAAUGGAGUGAUAACCAAAUCUGCCGACUUGCAAUGCGUGCCGUCCACACGUUCAAGAAUCAAAACUGGAUGCCGGCGCUCACUGAGAAUCCGCCUCCUUGUAUAGUACUGCUUCAGGGAACCUUCACAAACGCACACUCCACCGUGUAGGCUAGGUGAUAGGGUGCAUGCACCAUCACAUUCUCAACCUCAUUUGUUUUUCUUUGAGACUUUAAAAUGUGUCAAAUUUGCAGUGGGUGAAAGAGAACUGACCUGUACGUAUGUGCUUGUUGUGGUGUUGUAUGAAUGCACUGCUUUUCUCUGUUCCAGCCAUUGUAAAUAGACUUCAACAGGAAGGGAUUUUGUGUUUUUCCCACCUGCUUUUCACUAUUUCAUAGCCUGAGCUAUUUCUGAUUCAAUGGUUCCUCUCCUUUAAGUUUAACACUACUUCUGCUCUAUCUUAGUGUAUUGCAGAGGCUAUGUGAAUCUGUAUCAUAUGAAAAUAUGUGUAAAUGCUGCUGAUUCAGUCAAAGACAAAUCUAAGAGAUGAUACCCUGUAAAGAACACCUGUCCUCUUGAUCCUACCAGUCCGACUCUGUUCUUCCCAACCAAGUAUCUCUGUUUCAGAGUCCCAUAGCUCCUGUGGCAAAGUUGAUUCAGUUUCAGACUAAGGUAAACUAUCCAACUUUUGGUCUGGCUAGAGCUUUAAAGAAAAAAGUCUGGAAUGUUUUAUGUCACUUUUAAUGACAAGAACAGGCCAUUUAGCAUCAUAUUGUGUUUCAAAUCCUACAGUUUUCUGUUUAAACAAGUAAAUACUGCUAAAAGAAAUUGGUGAUUAAGCUACAACAUGAAUAUGAAACAACAGUGGACAGGAGUUCUUGAAUACUACUUGAUGUUUGGCUUUGCACGGAGCAGUUCAGUGAGAGGAAAUAAGCAGGGUAUAUUUCAAACCCAACAUACAGGGUGUCUCUCGUUCAGCUAUGAUAAACACGUGCCAGAAUGUAUAAAGAAAUGACAGGCUGUGUGCUCUGAAGUACUUUUGUGCUGCUUUUACCUUAAUCUGUUUUCUUGUUGUUUUGCAAGUAAAUGUUUCUUUUUUUUCUUGUGUUCUUUUAUUGCAUAAUUGGUAUAUUUCAUCUUGGCCCAAGAUAACUGCAGGGAAAUCAGAGGCACCCUUGCUUCCAAGAAAAAAAAUAAGGGUUUACAGGAAAAAGAGGAUGACUGGAGAACACGGGAAUGAUUUUAAGAAUUCAGAAAGUACAGGAGUACUUGGAAUGUUUCAGUUGUGUGGGAGUAGGUGAGAGGAUUUUUGUCAGUAUUUGAAAUAAACUUUUACAUUAAUAACA